GGAGGAUACUGCUGCGGUCAGAGUGAGUUAAAACCGGGAUGGAAAUUGAAUAUGAGCCGCUGUCUGAACACAUAAACCCAUUAUUUCUGCAAGACAGACUCACUUCAACGCGAUGCGCUCUCGUCCACAGCACCUCUCUCUCCUCCUCUGUGAGGUGGGCUCAUUGAGGCGUUUCUGAGAAUACAGUAUCACCUGACGACGUCUACCUGGCAUCGGCUUAUUAAGAACAGAUGAUGAUGAUGAUAGAGGAGGAUGAAGCGGAGGCUCAUCAGGUGGAUAUGGAGUCGGAUUUGGUCAGCAGACCUCGCUCAUGCGGCUGGACGAACGACUUCUCAUGCGAGGUGAACGCGGAUCUGUCGCUUAACCUCUCCAUAUUUAAAGUAGAUUCGGAUCAUGUUCCAUCACCAGCGUGCAGGAGGAGGAUGAUGAUGCUGAAUGCCGGAGGAUUUCACGACUUUACGGGAGCUGCGCUGCGCAAAACCAAGGCAUCCUCCCGGCGCAACGCGUGGGGAAACCAGUCCUACGCGGAGCUCAUCACCCGAGCCAUCGAGAGCACACCCGAGAAAAGACUCACCCUGUCUCAGAUCUACGACUGGAUGGUCCGAUAUGUGCCCUAUUUCAAAGAUAAAGGAGACAGCAACAGCUCUGCCGGAUGGAAGAACUCCAUCCGCCACAAUUUGUCCCUGCACACACGUUUCAUCCGUGUGCAGAACGAGGGAACUGGCAAGAGUUCAUGGUGGAUGUUGAAUCCUGAUGGAUGGAAGCCAGGGAAAGCUCCUCGCCGUAGAGCUGUCUCAAUAGACAAUGGCACCAAGCACUUGAAGAGCAAAGGUCGAGUGAACCGUAAGAAAAUGGCUAUGAAAACAGAGCAGGGUACAGAGACAUUGUUGGGGUUCAGUAGCUCUCCAGAGCAUUGUAGUCCUACUAGGAAGUCUGGAACAGGUGGUGUGGUGAUUAAGGAAGAGUUUGAGACCUGGACAGAUCUUCAUUCAUUUGGCAGCUCUUCAGCUUCAACUCUUAGUGGUCGUCUAUCACCUAUACUAACCGAGGGGGAAUUAAGGAAACCUGAAGUGGAGAGAAUUACAUGUUCGGCAUCUCCACACCUAUACCCCAGUCCCUCUAGUUCCCACUCACCUGCUUCCCACUGUCUUGUAGAUCCCAGAGCAACAAUUAGCUACCAGCAGCACAAAUCCCCAUGUCAUAAACAGCCUUCUUACCAAUUCACCAGUGACAUGAAGGGGCAGGACUCUAGCUGCGAAACACUUUAUGGCCAGCCAGAUAUUGGCCUGCUUCAGCACCAAUCCUCCAUGCAGACUAUAGAGGAGAACUUCAGUAGUAUGCAGGCCUACAAGGGCACAAACACUCUCCAAAGUUUGCUGACCAUAGGAGGACCCCAGUUCAGUGUCAAAGACAUGAUACUUGGAAAAGAGAAUGUGGUCCACUCAAUGACGGUUGCUCAAGGAUCCAGAGAUCUGCAUCACAGUGAGAAUAAUAACCCUACCACUAACCCUUCCUCCAAACCAAUUCACAGCCACAACAUCAUUCGAAACUUGAGCCAGGACCAUCAGCCUGCAUUGGUCCACUCUCAGCCCAGUGAUGGACACAUGCAGUCAUACAUACAUAAAGCCCCUUAUCUAUAUAGUCCCCCAGUCAAUGCACAUCUUCCAGCAUCAACUAUGCUUCCCCCAAUCCCUGCAGGUAUGCAGGGAAUCUCACAGGACACAUGCCACCUUGCUACAGCUCCAUACCCACAACACCAUCCUUACAUUUACACAGAUCCACAUCAGCACAGUAUGGCAUAUGGACUGUACCGCCAACCUCAGGGGAUGGGGACAGGUUACCACCACCCUCACCAGCUCUACCCACAUGAGCGGUUGCCAGCAGACCUGGAUAUGGAUGUAUUCUACAGCAGCUUGGACUGUGACAUGGAGUCUAUACUCUUACAUGACAUUAUAGACUCGGGAGAAGAGAACGAUUUCAAUUUUGAUUCCUCGCUGACACAAGGAAUGGGCAUGGGUUUUGGGUUUACGAACUCACAGCAGAGCCACAGCAAACAGAGCUGGGUGCCUGGAUAAAUACUACAGAAUCAUCAAAUAAUUUUUUAUCAAGACAUAACUACCUACAUGCCAGCCAGCAGUGGGGUCCCAACGCUCCACCACAAUUCAGGGUGAAUACACUGUGCUGACGCUGAAAUCAAAUGAAGAUAGAAAUCUCUUUUUUGAAAACCGUUUUUAUGUUGUCUGUACCUUACUGCUUGUAUUUCUAUGUUCUAUGUUGUGUGUCCACGUAUUGAAAACUGCUCUGUUCCCUUUUGUUCCAUUUGCUGUGAGGAAAACCCCUUUUGUUUUGCUGACUGAACCAUAAUGACAAUCUAAGCUAUGUUAUCCAACAUUGUUUUGUUCUUCAGUCAAAGUUAUCUUAUGCACUUUAAUUACAUCGAACAAAUCCACCUUUAUCAUUUUUCCCUCAGAAAGGAGGAAUGCUUGGGACUCUAAUGUAGCAAAAGCCUGGACCCGUACCAAUUUGAGUGAACAUAGGUGCUACAUACUGCCAUUUGUAUGUGGAGUCUCAGUGACAACUCAUUCUCAUUCUCCUCUCCAAACACUUCUUUUGGCCUCUUGAAUAAAGCAGGUGGACAUUCAGUGAGGUCUGCCAUUGUGUCAAAAAGUCCAUUUUACUCCUCUAAAUUUGUAUCUAAC